AUGUGUAACUGGCCUCCUACUACUAAUAAAAAAGUUGGAGGACCAUCUGUUGAAGUGCAAAAGGAACGAUCUGCAAGUUUGAAGCCUUUGAGAGAGAAGACAUCAAAGGCUGAAAGGCGUGCCCUUCAAGAGGCUCAACGAGCCGCAAAAGCUGAAGGAAGUAAGGCUCCUGUGGCCACUUCUGGAGUGCUUUCAACAAAUGCAGCUCCGGCAAAAGCUACAAAGGCUCCCUCACAAAAGAAAGACAGUUCUCCAGGUGCAGCUUCUGAGAGAAGAGGAGGAGGUGAUCGUCCACCAGAUAAAGAGAGGAAGAAAGAUGUCCCUCAUCCUCGCAUGCAGUUUGAUGACAAGAGUCGAGUGGAGAAGGCAAAAAAGCGUUCAGUAGUGAAACAAACUGAAGCUAGGAAUAGAGUUGAACUAUUUAGGCAUUUGCCUCAAUAUGAACAUGGAACACGACUUCCUGAACUUGAGUCAAAGUUCUUCCAACUUGAUCCAGUUCAUCCUGCUGUCUACAAGGCUGGGCUAAGAUAUUUAGCUGGUGAUAUAUCUGGUGGCAAUGCCCGUUGCAUUGCUAUGCUUGAAGCAUUCCAAGAGUCAAUUAAAGACUACUCAACCCCACCUGAGAAAGCUCUCAUUAGGGACUUGACUGCGAAGAUAAAUUGUUAUGUGUCUUUCCUGAUUGAAUGCAGGCCCCUUUCGAUCAGCAUGGGGAAUGCAAUUAGGUUUCUUAAAACUCGAAUUGUCAAAUUACCUUUGACUUUGUCGGAGUCCGAGGCAAAAGCAACUCUUCUGUCAGAUAUAGAUCGUUUUAUAAAUGAGAAAAUAAUUUUAGCAGAUAAGGUGAUAGUCAGGCAUGCUGUAACAAAAAUCAGGGAUGGGGAUGUUCUUCUCACAUAUGGCUCAUCGUCUGCCGUCGAAAUGAUUUGUUUGCAUGCCCAUGACAUUGGCAAACAGUUCCGUGUCGUGGUAGUAGAUUCGCGUCCAAAGCUUGAAGGACGACUAUUACUUCAUAGGUUGGUCAGAAAGGGUAUCACCUGUACAUAUACGCAUAUAAAUGCUGUCUCUUAUAUCAUGCAUGAAGUUAAUCGAGUUUUUUUGGGGGCUUCAUCGGUGUUGUCUAAUGGAACUGUCUACUCAAGGGUUGGGACUGCCUGUGUUGCUAUGGUUGCUCAUCAAUUCCAUGUUCCCGUCUUAAUAUGUUGUGAAGCAUAUAAAUUCUACGAGAGGGUGCAGCUUGAUUCAAUCUGCUCUAAUGAACUGGGUGAUCCAGAUGCCAUUUCAAAGGUUCCUGGUAGAAAGGAAAUCAACUAUUUGGAUGAUUGGGCUAAUAGGGAAAAUCUACAACUCCUGAAUCUAAUGUAA